AUGUCGGCCCCAUCACCGCCGUCGCAAUCGCAGACCCCAGCACAGCCCACCUCAGCCAUCGCUGUCUCCCCGCCGUCCACGUCGACGCCAGUGCCUGCGCCUGCAAACGCCGCCAGCUCGGAUGAGAAGAUUGCCUACAAGCCACCGGCAGAGCGCGACGAGUCGCUAAUCGCAUUUCAUAGGAGACCCACCGACGACGAGAACCUCCCCGAGGUCGUGCCCCAGUGCGACAACACGGUGCCCGAGAAGGCUGUGACACCGGUCGAACCGUCCCUUAUGUCGAACCCCAUAACGCCGCCGCCGGCAUUCAGCGGCUACCAGAAUAGCACACAAGGGCAGACGCAGCCGCAGCCCCCCAGGCCGCAGCUGAACGAAGCCUAUAGCUCGGGACAGAAUAUGAACAUGAUGCCACAAUCGGGUACUGUUAUACCUCUCCAUUUGCUCGGCGACCAGGGCGACACCGUCGACUGUCCGUUCUGCGAGCGACGAGCUAUGACCCGCGUCAAGAAAGAACCAUCAUGGCUGACCCAUACCGUCGCCGUCGUCCUCUUUUUCAUCUCCUUCUUCGGCGUCGUCGCGCCCUAUAUGCUAUACUGGGCAAGCCAUGUCAGCCACUUCUGCGAGAACUGCGGCCGCAAGAUCGCCAGACGGAAUUUCGGCCAAAAGGGCAUGACGGCGCUGGGCACCCCCGAGCACUUGCGGCAGCAGUCGAGGUUCCUGCCGGCGGAGCCCCAGCCCGUUAACGACCAGCAGGUUUAA